UGUGAGAACACCGUGGGAUCCUACAGAUGUGUCUGUUCAUCAGGACUGGUUUAUAAUCCUAUCACUAACACCUGUGACGACAUCAACGAGUGUCUGAAUAACUCUCUCAAUACCUGUCACCAGACAUGUAUUAACAUCCUUGGCUCGUUUCACUGUGACUGCAGUACUGGUUACCUCUUGUCCAAUGACAGAAAGAGUUGCUAUGACGUAGACGAGUGCAACCAAUCACGUGACGCCUGUCAAAACAUUUGUGCAUGAAUACCCAGGGGUCUUACAUGUGUGCUUGUAAACCAGGCUACCAGCUUGCAACUAACCGGGAACGGUGUGACACAAUAAGCUGCGGGAAUCCCGCGAGUCCUCAAGGGAUCGUCGUAACGUGUGAUGGAACAGUUGAGCAAUAUAGAUACAACCAUUCCUGUACAUUAACAUGUACUAAAGGUUAUCUCAUUGGACCGAACACCAUCACUUGUCAAUCAUCUGGAGUAUGGACUGUUAUAAGGGCUCAGUGUGUACCUCAAAUCCCUGGCCGUAACAGCCCUCCUCAUUCUAUCAUCCUCUCCUCGCACUUCAUCCCCGAAAACACAGCAAUAAACGAAGUCAUAGGUCGACUGACUACCAUCGACAGCGAUGAAGACCAGACCUUUACUUACUCCAUGGUAGAAGGCGCUCAUGGUUUGUUUGGAGUCGAUAAUUCUCGUGGGUCUCUUGUGGUAGCUGGGUAUUUGGACUACGAGAGGAAAUCCCGGUAUGAUAUCCGAGUUAUGAGCACCGACAGUGGAACACCCCCGUUAUCGUAUACACAGAACCUGACGGUGCACGUACUGGACGUCAAUGAAGCCCCGAGUCCACCAAUCAUUGACCGGUUGAGUGUGUACGAAAAUGUAUCGAUUGGUUAUACCGUAGGAGUAAUUAAUUCAUCGGAUGCUGAUGUGGAUAGUCACCUGACCUUCUCGUUACUCACUGAUGCACAAGGUUUGUUUCGAAUCAAUUGCAACACCCUUCUGGUUAAUGGUCGUUUAGAUUAUGAAAGACAGUCAGAGUACAUAGUUACAAUUCAAGUUCGCGACAAUGGGUUUCCGAGCUUAUCUGCCACGUCGACGUAUAACAUUACAGUACUAGACUCAAAUGAACCUCCUAAAGGGGUCAUUUUACACGGGGGCUGGAUUAAGGAGUAUGUAAAUGGCCCCGAAGGAACACAAAAUGGAUCCUUUGUUGGAAACCUGUCAACCAUUGACGAAGAUGCAUUUGAUAGUCAUUACUAUGAAGUCAUUGAGCCUAUUCCUUCUCCCUUCGCUGUCGUCGGAUCUUCGUUGGUUGUUGCUAACGCUGGUCUCUUAGACUAUGAAAGCCAGAACCAAAUACCUGUGAACAUUCUUUCCACAGAUAAGGGAGGGGCAACCGUCACAUCCAGAAUUGUAGUUCGUUUGUCAGACGUUAACGAAAGACCAACAGCCAUUCUUCUAUCAGCGGCUACUUUCACUGAGCAUGCGCAAAUAGGUACUGUCAUUGGCACGCUGAGCGCACGUGACCCAGACCGACUGGGUAACCACACCUUUAUCAUCCUGACGUCAAACCCAGGAAACUCCUUCCGGGUCAUUGGCGACCAGCUUGUUUUGAAUAAAGACAUUGACUUUGAAACUACCCAUCAUCCUCUCCGUGUUGUUCUUCGGGUGACGGACAAUGGGGGAUUGAGUCAUGAUGAAGAGUUCAAUGUCACUAUUCUCGAUAAGAAUGAACCGCCUCAAGCAAUAAAACUCACAGCAUACGCCUCUUGCUCAGCAGGAGGACAAGUCUGUGUCCCUGAGAACAAAAUCAUUGGUUAUCACAUCGCUCGUAUCAGCGUUCAAGAUCCAGAUAGAGGAGACGUACCUUCUUGUGAAGUCGUUAGCGGAGACUUGAUCGGUGUUAAUAAAGGAAUAUUAGUAACGAAAGGCAAGAUAAACUAUGAAGCACUUGCUCCUACACAUAACAUAAGUGUAGGGUUACAGUGUAGGGAUAGAGGUGGACUAAGUAUUGAGGAGGCUUUUAAUGUUACUGUUACAGACGCCAAUGACCCUCCGUCGAACGUCUACAUAUCUCAUUACAUUAUCAGCUCCAAUGCACCUGUUGGAAGUCUUGUUGGUACGUUAUAUAUAGAGGAUGAAGAUUCUGGGGAUUCUCACACUUGCUACUUACUCAACAGUGAUCGCAGCCCUUUUGAGAUUCAUGGGCUUCAAGUGCGCACACGCGAAGUUCUAACCAACGCCACGCAUGCGCGCCAGCUUAUUCAAGUUUGGUGCCAGGAUUCCAAUGUGGCUGGGUCUCCGAAGGAUAUCUACAUCGACGUCAAAAACAUCGACAUGUCAGGAGUCAUCAACAUAACCCUGGACUCAAAUAAGAUCGCUGAAAAUAAACCCGCGGGCUCAUUGGUCGGUCACGUGUUUGCUUGGUCACAUGACCCGGCCGAGUCUUUCUCGUUCCAGUUAGAUAUAAAUGAUGAUUCUGCAUUCGCACUGACCAGAGGUAACAGUGAUCUUGUGACGACUAGGAGCUUGGACUACGAAAAUCGAGCGAACUACACGGUUGUUAUUCGUGUCUAUGGCAACAGCGGAAAAACAAACUUUGAAAAGUUUAUUAUUGAGAUCAUCGAUGUUUACGAACCUCCAGACCACCUUGUUCUCCAUCAUAAUUCUGUAAGUGAAAAUAUCGCUGAGGCGUUAGUCGGUAUUGUAACCCUAAAGGACUCGUUCACCAUGAACCAUGCUGUGAUAGUCAGCCUUGUUUCAGACCCUACCGAUGCCUUCCAGAUAAAGCCAUCUGUAGCUCCCUACACAUGGAAAAUCACAACUAAAACACCGCUGGAUUAUGAAAAGGCUCAAAGCCACGUGAUACGGUUUAGCUGUGAAUUACGUAAUGAUGCUAGUGGUCGGUUUGAGAUACGUGGACUCAACAUAGUGGUGGGGAAGUCCCGUGCGUUAGAUUAUGAGGACGCUUUGGGGCCGAAGUGUUUGAUCGACGUUAAAUGCCAGGAUCAAGAUGAAGAAGCUAUUAAUCAACAGUUUAUCAUUAAUAUUGUGAAUGUCAACGAACCACCGACGAGGAUAUUCUCAAUAAGUGACAGGUUUGAGGCUCCAGAAAACCAAAGCCCUGGAUAUCUCGUUGCUACGUUAGCCACCUUGGACCCGGACAAACAGGAUUCAUUCACGUACUCUUUACACCAUGAGAACUCUUCCACAGUCCCUUUCCGACUACACGGUAACCAACUCAUCACCACAACGAGGCUCAACUAUGAGUCACGUGAUCAUUAUGACAUUAAUGUCACGAGUAAGGACAGCGGUAACCUCAGCGUUACUCAGCGUUUAACAGUUGCUGUGGUCGAUACUAAUGACCCACCAACUGAUAUUGUUCUUCCUCGAGGAGUCUUCGUUACUGAGAAUCAAAAGGUCGAUACUAUCGUGGGAGAGCUAAGUACUCUAGAUGAAGAUCAAGAACAGAAACAUGUUUAUACCAUUCUUACUCAAACUCCUGGUGGGGUACUCGGCAUAAAACACACCAACAAACUCUAUAUACAAGACAACGGUCAGCUAGAUUACGAAUCAGUGAGGGCUAUCAAAAUAACUAUAUCAAGCACAGAUAAUGGCACGCCUAAUCAAUUGACGAAAGCUGUUGCCAUGGUGAUACCAAUCAAGGACGUGAACGAGCCUCCUUAUGACGUUGAGCUCAGCCGACAAAUCGUGUACGAAAAUUCGACCAUGGGUGCCURUAUUGGUGAUGUCGUCGUUAAGGACCCCGAUACUUUCCCGCAAUCCUUUUCGUGCUUACUAAUCGAUGACGCAGGAGCUCGUUUUAUGAUCCAAAAAAAUAAUUCAAAAAUUCAUCUCCUCACGUCAAUGAAUGGUAUUCCAUUGGACUACGAAGCGCAGAAAGAACACAGGAUCGUCAUCAAAUGCACCGACGGGGGAGGGUCUUGGUACCAGAAACAGUUUGUUAUCAAAGUCUUAGACUCGAAUGACAGGCCCACCAACAUAAUAUUCACUGAUUCACAAGGGGAUACGACUAUGGACCCUCACCCUCCUAACAGAACCACCCAGCUGAUCAGCACACCAGUAGUGACCGUUAAUGAGACGGCUGAAGUCGGUGUUACCAUAGUAACAUACGUCACAAUCAAAGAUGAGGAUAAUGUAAACAACCCCGCUCAACUGCAGACGCAUAAGUGCGUGUUGAUAAGUGAGGAGGAAGCAAAGUUGUUUGCUGUUGUUAGUGCGCAUGAUCCGUCUACUCGUCACAAGCGAUCGRCUGCCAAAAYGAAUCAGAUACCAAAAGAAUUCAURAUCCGUCCCGGAACAAACUCCAUUCUUGUGCGAAAGGUUUUAAACUAUGAGGCUCGCGCUGUGUUUACUCUGUUUCUUAAAUKUACAGACAGCGGUCUACCGCCGCUAUCAAUUGUUUCUUCGUUGCGCGUCCAAGUCCUUGAUGUUCCUGAACCCCCAACAGAUUUACAUCUAACCCCGUCAUCUCUUGGAGAAAACUCACCUGACGGGACCCUACUGGGGAACAUUUCUGUAACAGACGCGGAUGUGCCGAGCACUGGGUAUGUGUACGAGAUARCRUCCCAUGGGGUACCCUUCAKGGURGUCAGGGAYCAAGUAAUUGUCUCACGUGCACCAUUAGACCACGAGACAACACCAAUCAUUACUGUUCAAAUAACUGUACGUGAAGUAGUCUCUUCGCUCUCCUUUACCAAGAACGUCCAUGUGAAUAUCACAGACAUUAACGAAGCACCCACGAGAAUCGCUCUCAACGGCAGCAAAACAGCGGUAUCUCUCGAAGAGGACUCACCCGUUGGUCAUCUCAUUGGGUACAUAAUUGUAGAUGACCCUGACAGAUAUGAUUCUCAUCUAUUAUCAAUAGGUAGCCCAAACAGCAGUCAUUUUCGUAUCCAUGACAGCAAGCUUUAUGUUGGGUCUCAGCUGAAUGCCUGGUUUAUCAACCGCUACUCCCUAUAUAUCCGCGCGAUUGAUCGUGGGGGACUAAGUACGACUGGCGUAAUUACUGUAUUGGUUCAAGAAGUAGAUAUGUGUUCCAAUGGUAGAAAUAACUGCAGCGCGUUUGCCAUGUGUCUACGGGCUGGACCAGGACAAGCGAAAUGYUCUUGUAAACUCGGUUUUAAGGGCGACGGUUAUUCUUGCGUCGAUAUCGAUUACUGUGAGUCUGACCCAUGUCAUCUGGAUAACACCAUCGGGCCUUGCGAAGAUGGAUUCGGAGGAUACAAGAAUUACAGCUGUCCCUGUAAGACAGGGUGGUCGCCCCCGAAUUGUGACGUCAUGGURAACCRUUGUCGARCUAAGCCAUGUUCUGWGARCGGUACUUUGAGAUGUGAAUCUCAUGUUAAUGGUUACAAUUGUCUCUGUAAAGAGGGAUUUACUGGCUCACGUUGUGAGACUAAUGUUAGUCAUUGUUCAGAGCAAAGCUGUCUUCAUGGCGGAGCAUGCGUAGAAAAGAGGGAUGGAUUCAUUUGUCUGUGCAAGGAACCUUUCACUGGAGUCAACUGUGACACAAAUCGUUCAAUUUGUCGGGACGACCCGCACAUUUGUCCGCGAAACGGGACAUGUAUCCCGUACUCCGAGAACAGCACGACGAAGUAUUGGUGUAGCUGUAAUCCCCCUUGGAGCGGGGACUGUGCGGGAUGUGCACCGGGCUACGGCGGAGAUGAUUGUAAGCCGUGUCGAUAUCCAUGGACAGGCGAAAACUGUGAACAAGAUUGGAGAAACUGUAAAGAGGACACAUGUCAAAAUGAUGGAACAUGUAUUCCACUGAAAGGAAAAGAUUUCCUUUGUGUUUGUAGUUCUAACUUUACUGGGAAAAACUGCGAGGCUAAACUCACGACGGAGAACUCAUCGGAGGGUUCUAAUAAUAGCCGUACUAAAGAUACGACAAUAUAUGCCUUGAUUUCGAUUUGUGUUCUGCUUUUGUUGGUUUUAGUGAUAUCUCUUGUAGCGUGGUUGUGGAGGAAGCAUAGCAAAAGCAGGUCGAAUCACGGGAGAAUUGUAUUAACUCCAAAAGAGACGAAAGAUGUUAGCCCGCCAUUUGAAGACAUGAUGAAUACCAACAAAUACCAGUUUAGUAACCCAACCUUCAUACCUGACCCUCCAUCAGAGGAGAACAUUUUACGUGAAAUAUCUCAAGAAGUUCCAGUAAAACUUCAAGAUAAUAAUGAAGAAAAUACGAGAUUGUCAUACAGUACUAUCGACUUCAAGACUUCAAGUCCAGUGGCUACUAAGAUAUUUGACAACCCUCUGUACGAAUCUGCCGACCAAGUGAUCAGAAAAGAACUCGAAAACAAUUCAUUGAAUCCUCUGUAUAGAUCUGUGGACCAGGUAGAGAGUAAUCAUGGUAAACUAGCAUUAAAUCCGAUAUAUGUCUCAGGAGAACAAGCGAUUGAAGUAACGAAUAAGCGACUAUGGAGAGAAGACAGAUUUUCACAAUGUUAGAGGUUUUUUUCUCAGAACCGUGAUCAAAUUAACAAAUAGACAUCAGUUUUUUAUGUGUCUGUCCUCUUAUUGACGAUAAAUUGCAUCAUCAGAUUGUCAAAGUAGUGUGGAUCCACGAGGCGUAGUCGCUCGUUGACGACAGCUUUAUCUGUCUGUCCUCUUAAUAAUGAUAAAAAAUAACAAAUCAGCGCGCGAGAAAUCUGUUAGUUAUUGUAAAAUAGUUAGUAUACUAUAGAGGUUAGUAGAUAUUGGGUGCUUACCAUUUACCGGGAAAAACCGGAAAUUCUGCUUGCAAAAUGAAAGGUAUGCAUCAUUCCCGAAAAGAAAGUCCCGGAAAACUCGGGCCUCCAAUUGAAGUCAACCACUUUUCCCGCUCUUUUCGGUUCUUCCGGUAGACGCGUGUACCAGAUUUCGAAAGUCAAAGUUUCCCGCUCUUUUCUUACUAUUGGCGAAUGAAUUUCCAACCGGAUGGAUUGGUUUAGGUGGUAAACACGCCUCAUUAUCAUUGGGUUUUUUAUUUGACUAUUUUGUACAAAAUCACUCUAAAUAGACCAUAAGAUCACAAGGAUUUUCAUCAGAUCGUGAAACAGUUAUUGUACUAAUAGAGGUUAGUAUAUUAGCUAUUAUUAUAUAGAUAUCGAUGAAAUACA